UAACAAGUGAAGUAUAAAAACCGAAUACUCAUAAUUAAGUUUCAUAAUUUUGCUCAGUGUAAAGUUGAAAUUGUGUUCGAAAAUGUUGUUAACCUUCGAAAAGUACUGUUGCAUUCGAUAUCAACUGCAGUUUAUGCUGUUAUUGGCAUAUGCUGCAUAUCUGCUGAAGCCAACUUGGGCUGCACUAUGUGUGCUUGGAAAUGGAUAUGGGAAUACCACCUGCGCGAGAUAUGUGGGUGAUCCUUGUAGGGUAAAAUCAUUAUCUGGAAUAUGUCAAUUGGUAUCCAAUUGUCCUGAUAUUAUUAACUAUAUAACUCGCGGAGAUUUAACAGAAGACGAAGUUUUCAGAUGCGGCUUCGGAAAAGUUGAAGAAAUAAUAUGCUGUCCAAAUAGUAUAGAAAAAGAGGAUCAAACUAGACCAGUAAAUGGUACUGACCUCUUUAAAAGUCUUGAUGAAGACAAUACAACAACAAUAAAGCUCAAUGAUACACAAAACUCAGAUAUGGAUCGUGCAGGAACCGUACAACAACCCAAUGGCGAACGACCAGCUGUUAUAGCCUGUCGUAUCAUAGAAGCGUUGCCGAGACCCCGUCCACGUCCACAUGUUCUUGGCGGUGUACCAGCAUUGCAUGCGGAAUAUCCUCACGUUGUAGCUAUUGGUUAUAGUCUUAUUGGUACCGACCAGGGACCUUACGAUUUUCGUUGUGGUGGUACAUUAAUUGAUGCCAGAUUUGUUUUAACCGCUGCACAUUGUGUGAAUAGCCCUAGCAGCCAGCCCUCAGUAGUUCGAAUGGGUAUUGUCAAUUAUGCUAAUGAGACGGAACUCACAACGUAUGGUGCAGAAAUACGGAUUCAAAAAGUUCAUAUUCCCGAUGAUUAUCUAUCCUUUAGUACAUACAAUGAUAUAGCUUUAUUAGAAUUAACUACUAGUGUUACAUUCUCAACCACCAUAACUCCAACUUGCUUAUACACUGAUGUUGCGGAUCCACCACAAAACUCUUUACUGUAUGUCACUGGUUGGGGCGUAACAAAUACUACUACACGAAGCAUUUCAAAUAUAUUACUUAAAGCACAACUGCAAAUUUCUCCAAUAAACAUUUGUAAUGCUACAUAUGUGGAAGAAGGCCUCACUCGUCGUAAUGAGAGAGGUGUACAAAAUACUCAAAUGUGUACUACAGAUCCCGGUGAAGUCAUAGACGCUUGCCAAGGUGAUUCUGGAGGACCACUUAAUCUUGUAAUUGAUCCAACUGCGAGAAUUUAUCGUGUAAUUGGCAUAAUUUCAGCUGGUUUCAGUUGUGGUACUACAAUACCAAGUCUAUAUACUCGAGUUGCCUCAUAUUUAGAUUAUAUAGAGGGAAUUGUUUGGCCAAAUUUGAAAUAAGCUUAAAUUUUUUAAGUGAUAUUUAAAAAUAGAUAACGGUUUCGUGUGAUAUUAAAACUUAAUAUUUUUGAAAUUAAGUUUUUACCGAUUAAAAACAGAAUAAGUACUUUGGAUUUAGUAAUGCUAUUAAGUAUUCAUAUGUACUCAUAUGUCGUAUUAUCAAAUUUUGUUAAAAUAAUAUUUAUAUACUUAGUAGGUAUACAAAUAUUUCGGUAUAUAAAAUAGAUUGUUUAUACAUUCAUGUGCCAUCUUUUCCUAAAAGCUUACUAAAUAAUGAUUAUAAAAUUAAACAAUUAAU